CUGCCGCUGGUGGUGGCCGUGCUGGAGAACCUCGACUCGGUGUGCGCGCACAGCCAGGAGACCAGCGUGGAGCUGGAGCUGCUGCGGGACGACAACGAGCAGCUGCUCACGCAGUACGAGCGGGAGAAGGCGCUGCGCAAGCAGGCCGAGGAGAAAUUUAUUGAGUUUGAAGACUCUCAAGAACAAGAAAAAAAGGACUUGCAGGUCAGAGUGGAAGCACUAGAAUCACAAACUCGACAGCUUGAACUAAAAGCAAAAAACUAUGCUGAUCAAAUUAGCAGACUCGAGGAGAGGGAGUCAGAACUCAAGAAAGAAUACAAUGCACUUCAUUCAAGACAUACAGAGAUGAUUCACAAUUAUAUGGAGCACUUGGAAAGAACCAAACUUCACCAGCUAACAGGGGGUGAUCAGCUAGAGUCCACGACCCACAGCAGAAUUAGAAAGGAGCGUCCGAUAUCACUGGGCAUCUUCCCGUUGCCUCCAGGAGAUCCGCUGCUGACACCUGAAGCUCAGAGAGAAGCCGGGGAAACGCCUGGAUCGGAGCAUUGGAAAUUCCCAGAGUUAAGCCAGCCGCGCUCUCACACCAGUCUCAAAGAUGAGCUCUCUGAUGUUAGCCAAGCAGGCUCCAAAUCUACUACUCCAGCAUCAACAGCUGCUUCAGAUGUACCUGCACUGCCUGCUGAAACUCCUCAAAAGGAAGAUGCUGAAGGGCUGGCAAAGGGCACAGAUGUGCCAAGUGAGAAGAUGGACGUAAGCAAGAAUAUUGAAGUACAGGUAGCUCAAGAGACGAGAACUGUGUCCAUUGGUGGAAAUGAAAAUGAAGAAAAAUCCGAAGUUCAAGCAAUUAUUGAGUCAACACCAGAGUUGGAUAUGGAUAAAGAUCUCAGUGGAUACAAAGGUUCCAGCACUCCUACCAAAGGUAUAGAGAACAAGGCAUUUGACCGUAAUACAGAGUCCCUUUUUGAAGAACUGUCAUCUGCUGGUUCCGGCCUAAUUGGAGAUGUGGAUGAAGGUGCAGAUUUACUGGGAAUGGGUCGUGAAGUUGAAAACCUUAUUUUGGAAAACACUCAGCUGUUGGAGACAAAAAAUGCACUGAAUGUAGUGAAGAAUGAUUUAAUAGCAAAAGUGGAUGAAUUGACCUGUGAGAAGGAUGUGCUGCAAGGUGAAUUAGAGGCCGUAAAACAAGCAAAACAAAAGCUUGAAGAGAAGAACAAGGAACUGGAAGAAGAGCUUAGAAAAGCUCGUGCAGAAGCAGAGGAAGCCAGACAGAAAGCUAAAGAGGAUGAUGAUAGUGAUGUCCCUACUGCUCAGCGGAAGCGUUUUACUCGUGUUGAAAUGGCCCGUGUUCUAAUGGAAAGAAAUCAGUAUAAAGAGAGGUUGAUGGAGCUUCAGGAAGCUGUGCGAUGGACUGAGAUGAUAAGAGCAUCAAGGGAAAACCCAGCCAUGCAAGAAAAGAAAAGAUCAAGCAUUUGGCAGUUUUUUAGCAGGCUCUUCAGUUCAUCUAGUAACACAGCUAAGAAACCAGAACCUCCUGUCAAUGUUAAAUAUAAUGCUCCAACCUCACAUAUUACUCCAUCAGUCAAGAAAAGAAGCAGCACCUUAUCUCAGUUACCUAGUGACAAAUCUAAAGCCUUUGAAUUCCUCAGUGAUGA